AUGGGAAAGUCACUAGAAUACCCCAAGCGGGUAAGCAAUACCAUGAAUCGGUAUAAGCAUCGAGGAACCUACGACUUGGGUCCCAUUCAUUCAAUUAUUAAUAGCUCACCCGUUCUCCACGUAUCUUUCCCCAGUGGAGAUGACCCAUUCCCGGCCAUCCUUCCCAUGAUCGGCCAGAUGGGGUCAUUCGAGUAUCCAUCCUCCGGGAUCGACGACACUCUUGAAUGUUAUCUUCACGGAUAUGUCAGCUCGCGGAUUAUGAACUUGGCUCGCGCUAAAGAAGGCGAUGGGUUGCCUAUCUGUAUUGCCGCGACUCACGUCGAUGGUCUAAUACUCUCUCUCACGCCCAACUCACAUAGCUUUAACUACCGAUCUGCCGUGCUUCAUGGAUACGCCACACUCGUGACAGAGGAAGAAGAGAAGCUUUGGGCAAUGAGAUUGAUCACUAACUCGGUUGUUCCCCAGAGAUGGGAGAAUACUCGCGUUCCUCCCGAUGGCGCUGAGAUGCAGUCAACCACGAUCCUCAGAGUAAGAAUUGUUGAUGGCAGUGGCAAGAUUCGAGAUGGCGGGGUAUCAGAUGAGAGGAAAGACAUGGAUCGACCGGAUGUUACGGACAAAGUAUGGGUUGGCGUGGUUCCUGUGUUCCAAACAUAUGGGGAGCCCAUACCCGAUGCCAAAAAUAAAGUCAAGGAGGUUCCGGAACAUAUCACCUCGUAUAUCGCCAAGGCUAACGAGCGGAACGAGAGACAGGCAAUUGAUGCAGUCAAGGUGCCUUUGCCAAAGGAGGAAGUUCAUUAG